AUGGAAGGCGUCGCUUUCGCGCGCCGCCCCGCCUCUCACAGGCGCAGCCACUCCUUCAGCGGCACAUGGCAGCCCGCGCCCGAAGGCGGCGCGCCCCUGCCGUCCCCGUCCUGCAACGAGCAGCUGCUGGGGGCGCCAGUUGAUGCCGCAGCGCAGCGGCUGCUGCGAUUGAGGCGGCUGGCGAUGGUGGCUGUUGCAGACGGCAGGCAGGCGGGCAGGCUCAUCCGCAGAGCGAAAGCCCCCACAAGCGAGAAACACCGUCACGACGGCCAACUGCGCCCGUCGCCGCUGCCGCCGCGGGCGCCGCCCUCGCCGGCCCCGCAGGGCCGUUCACACGCAUGGACGACGCGUGACGGCGCUCCAGGGCCGCCUGGGGCAACUGUGGCGCCGAACGCGCCGGCGGUCUUGCAGGAAGAGCAGCAAAAGCUGCAGCAGCAGCAGCAGCAGCGGCAGCAGCAGCAGCAGUGGCAGCAACAACAGCAGCAACAGCAGCAGCACCACCAUCACCACCAAGAGCAUCAAAACCAACAAGAGCACCAGCAGCAGCAGGAGCAGCUGCACCAGCAGCAGCAGGAGCAGCUGUACCAGCAGGAGCAGCAGCGCAAGAGCCACGUGAGCAGCAGGGUGCAGCUCCUGGAGCGCCUCAUCAACCUGGAGCAGGAGCGCGUCGCCCGCAACCCCUUCCAGCAGCAGGCGCAGCGCCGCCGCUGCCAGUCCCAGCCGUCUUCGCCGCUCGCGGCGCCGCUUGCGCCGCGCCGGCCACACCCGACCGCGGCGAGCCAGGCUGCGGCGCCGAGCGCCGGCUGGGGCGGCGCCGGGUUGCAGGGAGAGCGGGCGUCCCGGUUGGACCGUGUGGCUGCAGGGGCAGCGUACCAAGAGGCCGCGCGGCCGCACGAGAGCCACUCGCGGCUGCGACAUUGGCUUGAGAUGGAACGCGCAGCCCUGGCCGGCCCUGGCGCUGGUGCCGGCGCCGGCAAGUGGUCCGGAGCUACUGCUGCAGCGGCGGCGGCGCACAAGCCCCCAAAGCAGCAGCCGCAGGACGCGGCGUCGCAGGGCACUCUUGCCCACGAGCAGGGGGAGGCUGACGGCCGCAGCGGCGACGCCCAGCGGCGCGCGUCCCCGGUCCUCCCGCUGCCCGAGACCCCGCACGCGCGGCCGCUGGGGCGGCCGCGCGUGAGCUCCGGCAGCACGUGCGAACGGACGGGCAGCAGCAGCAACAGCAGCGUGUGCAGCCACGAUGACGUGCAGGCCGCAGCGGCGGCCGCGGCGCCGCUUCCGCGCCGGGUCCCGCAGCAGCCGGCGCCCUCGCCGGUGGCCGCCGGCGUCGCUGUCGCAGCGGCCUAUGUUCACACCUCGAGCGCACACGCCUGCGCCUGCCGCCCGUGCGCGGCGGACGUUCGCGUUAGGGACCUGUGCCCGCUGUGCCAGCAUGCAAUCGAGUUGGUCCUCCGAAUGCACCCCUGUGUCGGGGCGCUGGUUGACGACGCUCGCCGGCAGCUGCCCGCUGUUUGA